UCGGAAUAGCCUACUUCUUGGUCGUACCCUGCCCAUAGAGAACGUUACCGUGAAUUGUCUAAGUUUUUGUUGUGGUCGAUUUUCUUUGACAUGUGACUGCAUUAGCCUACUUGCUCACAUGGCUGCCUUGUUGCAUGAUCCGCUUUAGUUUUAAAAGUCCUAGGACCGGACUUGCUUAGCGACAGCAAUCCAGUGCAGGGACCCAUAAGGGCGCACAAUCAAGCCGGGCACACCAUGGCGAGCAGUGGGCAAAGAGUGGUGCUGAUCACCGGUUGCUCCUCUGGAAUUGGGUUACAAAUUGCCGUCCUACUGGCCAAAGAUGAGAAGAAGCGUUACCAUGUCAUUGCCACCAUGCGCGACCUCAAGAAGAAGGACAAGCUGGUAGAGGCCGCGGGGGAGGCCUACGGAAAGACCCUGACCCUACAGCCUCUGGACGUCUGCAGCGACGAGUCUGUCCAACAGUGCAUCAACAGCGUAAAGGACCGCCACAUCGACAUUCUUAUCAACAAUGCAGGAAUCGGGCUGCUGGGUCCUAUUGAGAGCAUCAGUAUGGAGGAGAUGAAGAAGGUCUUUGAGACAAACUUCUUCGGUGUGGUGCGCAUGAUCAAAGAGGUGAUGCCCGAUAUGAAGAAGCGCAGGUCCGGCCACAUCGUCGUCAUGAGCAGCGUCAUGGGCCUGCAAGGUGUGGUGUUUAAUGACGUCUACACAGCCUCCAAGUUUGCCAUGGAGGGAUUCUGUGAGAGCCUAGCUGUGCAGCUGCUCAAGUUUAAUGUGAACGUGUCACUGAUGGAGCCAGGGCCGGUGCACACCGAGUUCGAGACCAAGAUGAUGGAGGAUGUGGCGAAGAUGGAUUAUCCCGGGGCGGAUGCGGACACUGUGCGCUACUUUAAGGACGUCUACAUGCCGUCCUCCAUGGACAUAUUUGAGGCCAUGGGCCAAACUCCAGAAGACAUUGCCAAAUGUACCAAGAAGGUGAUCGAGGCCUCUCGACCCCGCUUCAGGAACUUGACCAACAGUCUGUACACGCCCAUCGUGGCCCUGAAAUAUGCCGACGAGACAGGCGGCCUGUCAGUGAACACCUUCUACAACCUCCUGUUCAACUUCGGCCCGCUCAUGCACAUCACCAUGACUAUUCUCAAGUGCCUGACGUGCAGUUGCCUGCGGAGGCGCACUAUCUCUCCAAACUGACAGGGGGCAGCAGUAAGUCGUCUUGGCUCAGGCUCGCUCUCUCGAUCACACUGUUCCUCGCUGUCUGUGAGUUCAGUUUAGCGGGUUAAGAAGCAUUACAGUAGAGCACACUCAGUCGGAUGCAUGCAGCUGCAUUUCGUGCUAAAUUGUAGUAAAAUGCUGGGCAGUCCAAAAUCCAUCCUCUCUCCUACAGUAACUUCCUGGAAGUUUGAAAUCCAUCCUCUUAUGUAAACACAUCACUGUAUCCGUGUAUAGGAGGGGGCUGUUCAGAAAACGUGGGACUUUCCAGUAAUCAUCAGUGCAGACAUUCACUAAUCAAGACCAAACAACUCAAAUGACUCAUGGGUAGCACAAAUGUAUAAGCUGUACGAAAGAUGUGAUAUAAUCAGUUACACAACCUAACACCACACAGCAUUGCACACUACUGAAUUCAGACACAUUGUAGGUACAGGUAUCAGUGACACCUACCGUGAGACCCAAACAAUCAGCUAGUUGCUCUGACCGUUCAGUGCAAGUUGUUCACGGUUACUUUUAUGUGGUGUAUACCUGCUGUUAAAUCGUUUCUCCUGUCUUUAUUUUGUAAGCUGUUUUUAAUUUUCUUUUGUGAAGAAGUAGUUCGAAUGUGAUAUUUGGCAGGCAUAAUUUUGAAAUAAAAUAACAUUUCAAUUUGA